UUAUGAUUUAGUACCACAAGUUUAUAAUUUAGAUGAUAAAAUAGUAACUUUUCUACCUGAAAUCACAUCUGAAAUAUUUCAAGAAGAAUUAGUUAAAGAUAGUGUAUUUUUGAAUUCAGAAGAUAUAAUUGAACUUUAUGAAGCUCUUAAAACAGGGGUUAACCAAGCUUUAAAUGGAUUUCUCAAAUGGAUGUUAACUAUGGAUUCAUUUACCUUUGAGUAUUUGUCAAUUAGGAGGCAAUUAUGUUCUUAUAUAGAAUUUUUGAAAGAAGAUUUACAAAAUAAAAUUAUUAAUACUUUUGGGUUAAUGAAAGCACUUCAAGAACCAAACUUUUUGCAAGAAUUUGAGGAAUUUUCCAACUCAGACUCCAAUGAAUAUUGGAAAUUUCCCAUGGUAUAUACCUUUAUUAAAUAUCGAAUUUGGCCAAUUGUUGUUCACCAGCAGCAAUUGAAGGGUAUGUUUUACCGAUAUGACAUUAAAGUGCACGCAAAUAUGAGCAAAGAAUUACAAGAAUCAAGAAUUAUUCCUGGUAAUGAAAGUGUAGAAAUUACACAAGAAAAACUUCGAAAAGUCCACCAAAAAUGA